UGCUGACGUCUAGAGGCUACGGAAUAACCAUGGCACAUUUGCGGCGGUUUUACUUGAACGGGCGUCAGGUUUUACAAUAUUUAAAGCCUCAGAGCAUCGACAACAUUGCAAGAAUCAGUUUUGUGUGUACAGACCUUCAGGACAAACCAGUCAUUCUGGAAAAUAAUGACAAAUGUAUUACCUACUGCAGACAUUUCUUCUCACUUCCAAAAUUCGGCCCACUGCCAUCGAAGAAUUCAAAGAAACAGUCCUAUUCUGAGAAGAGGAUUAUUGGGUAUUCGAUGGAUCAGAUGUACAAUGUGGUGGCUGAAGUAGACCACUACAAGGAGUUUGUUCCGUGGUGUGUCGGCUCCGUUGUCACCGAGUCACGUCCGGGACGCAGCAAGGCCAGGCUACAGAUCGGAUUCCCUCCUCUCGUCGAGAGCUACACAUCCGUUCUCACACUCUCCAGGCCCAACUUGGUUCGGUCUGAAUGCACUGAUGGCCAUUUGUUCAAUCAGCUCCUCACUAUAUGGAAGUUUAGUCCAGGUCUGCCCAACAAUCCUCAGACAUGUACACUGGAGUUCUCUGUGGUGUUUGAAUUCCGCUCCGUUCUUCAUUCUCAACUCUCUCAUCUAUUUUUUGAUGAGGUGGUAAAAGCAAUGGUGAAUGCAUUCUUGAAACGUGCCAAAAAACUGUAUGGACCACAAACAAUCAAAUCUCAGAGGGCUACAAAAACAUCUUCUUGACAUAGAUUUUCUAUAGAAAAUAAUGUAAUAUAUAAAUAUUUUUUUAUGCUUUUCCAUUAAUAGUGUCAUCAUAUUACAAAGUUUUAGUAAAUUACAUAGACUCCCAUAGUGCUAUCCAUAUAAUGACAUGGACAGGUGUGGAAGAAGAAAUAAAUAUUUGAGAAUGAAAUGGGUUCGCUAAAUUUCAAAAAUAUAAUAAAACUUCAGACCUUGAUAUGAAAUGAUUUUUGAGAGGAAUGAUUAAUUUCUCCCCUAACUUAGUCUUAGCCUAUGGGGAGCCAUUUAAGAUGUUUCCAUAUUAAGCAUCAAUUUAUAUUUAAUCCUUUUGCAGCCCUUUUUAAUAAGAAAAAUUCACAUGCUAAGGGGAGCUAAAAUUCUUCUUGAACUAAUCUCAGUGGAGCAUUGGGGAGCCUCCCCAUAAACAACGAGGACUGGACUUGAGUGAUUUAAGUAUGAUUUAGUCUAUGAAAUGUUUAAGUUUGACAUAUCAGGUAUAAGGUCAGAGAUGGUUAGUAGUAGAGCUUAUUACUGCAUUUGUGGCUACAUCUCUAUGUUUAAUGUUCAUUGUAUUCCACUUUCCUUUAUUGCCCUGUAUCAGGUAUUAUAUUCUUACUAGUAGUGUGUGUGUGUGUGUGUGUGUGUGUGUGUGUGUGUGUGUGUGUGUGUGUGUGUGAAAUAGACAGCUUUCGUGUUAUUGUCAGAUUUAAUCAAACUUCACGAUUCAUGAGUGUAGACAAAGAAAAAAGCAAGAGAAACUAAGUAAUCCUUUAAGAAAUAAUGGUUUGUUGUUAUCCUAUGCAUAAUGUUAGUACUGGAUCAAUCAGUAUGUUUUGGGGUUUUUUAAUUGGUAUUUUGUGGUAAUAAGAAAUUAUUGCUGAUACGGAUUAUGCAGUAGAAUAAUGAGAUCACGCAGAUGAAUUUUGACAGUUUAAAAUUCAGGUUCAGGGACAUAGCAGGGUGUAUGGGAAAAUAAUCCCCCUUUUGACAAUUUCUUUUUGUUUUUUGCUUUGAAAAAAAUAAGUGUUAUACAUGAAAUACCAGGGCUAGCUCUGGCACUCGGCAAAUUUGCCAAUUGCAAAUUUCAAAAACAGUUGGCAAAUUUUAUUUUAAUUUGCCGAAAUAAUUUCAAGUAAUAAAUAAUAUUUUGUCAUAAAAUAAUUGAGUACCUGCAAUUUUUAAAGUUUAAUAGGUAAUUUGGCAAAAUGUUCUGCUGACACAGAGCUAGCCCUGAAAUGUACUACUUCAAUAUAAAAAAAAGAAGAAAAUUUUGCUGACAACUACUAUACUGAUUUCCAUAAGAAACUUUACAUACCUGUACAUAGAAUUUGAAUAAUUUGAUAAAUAUUGUUUUUAAUCGAAAGGAACGAAUUUAGAAACCACCUUACAAACACUUUGCAUGUAUCACGAUGUUGCAUUGUGACGUUUAGAUGUUGAACUCCAUGAUACUUUCAUAUCCCACUGUACCCGUUUGUUGGUUUUCUAUAAUACAGUUUCAAGCCUUGUAAAGUGUCUUUUGGACGUCAGUAUGGUAUGAUGUUAACAGUAAUAUUGUAACGUUUUAGACAUGAACAUAGCACAGUUUACAUGACAAAUUUGUGUCAUCUUUUUCUUGAAUUAAUUUUUUAUGUUUAUUUCAUUCAGGUAUGUUUUAUAAUCAUACUCAGUAUAUGAAUUUAGGUAUAAUAUAAUAUUCUAAAUAUAUAUCACAUGAUGCUUCUGAUUUUAAUUUUCUGUGUGCAUUGUGUAGAAAUCAUAUUUGAAUGAGAGUUUUUAUCAAUUGUAGACCGUGUUCAUGUACUGUCCAUGUAGAAAGUGGUUUUGGGGCAAAUUUUAAAGAUUUGUAUGUAUCCUGUUAUCAUGGACUUUCCUAGUUCAUGGUCUGAUCUAGAAGUGGUUUUUUAUAUUUUGUUUUCUGAUAAUGCCAUUUUUAAAAUUAGUAACAAAACGGAGAAAGAAACACUUUUAGAUCCCCUUGGGCUGAAUUUGUGAUAAAAACACAAUUCACACCAGAGAUAUUUUUAAAAUUAGUAACAAAAAAACAAGUUUGUUUUGUUUAACGACACCACUAGAGCUAUUGGAUGUCAAUUUUUUUUUUAAUUUUGGCGCUUAGUCUUACAAAGGAAACCCGCUAC